CGCAGAUUCAUCAGCCAGUUGAACUGUGACCAAAACAAACUCGGAGGGAUCAAAUAUUUCUCUUUGACGUCUGACUUUAAAACAGAUAUUUUCCAAAUGCCAAUGCGAUUAAACAAGAGGUGGUAGGGGAAGUAAUUAAGUCGGUGUCUUGGAGAAGCAACGGGGCGUGUCGUGGUAGUGUAUGCUAGCCGCUAGCGAGAAUGCUAACGUUACCGACAGCUAACUAAUCGGAGCCAUUAGUUAACGGUAACGUUGCUAUGCCGGACGACCCGACAGCGGCCGCUCGGACUAGAACCUGUUGCCUCAGUGGCCUUAACAAGCAGCCCCGCGAUUUGAAACGGGCUCACCAGCUCGUCCGGUAGCUGAGCUGGUCCCGCUCAACCAAGACAGACCGUGAUAACUCACUUUCCUGGGUCGCCUUUCGCUGGCCGGACUAACGCCUCCAGCAUGGGGAUGUGCUUGUCGUGCUUUGGUGGGGCAGCGGACGACGUGGUCGUCACUCCGGAUCCAGAGAUGAGGAGACGACAGUUAGCUGAGGCCGCUGAGAAGAGGCAAAAAGAGACAACAUACCGGGGUGUUAAAAAUCCAGACGCUGUCGAGAGGAAAAAGAAAAAACAGGAAGAGAUUGAAAAACAGGCGAUGACCACCUCGGUGUCUGGUGGCGGCGGCGGGUUGAAGUGGCAGGUAGGAUGAAAUCCAGAUGCUAACGGCUGAAGUCUUGACUCAACAUGAAGUAUUGCAGCAAGAUGACUUGAAAGAAGUUCGAACUGCUAUCCAGUUUUCUAAUUUGUAUUUUUUGCCUAAUUUAUGAUGUGAGACAAAUGAUUACAGUUUUUAUGCAAACAAGUUUUGAAGUGAUUACAGACGGAGCAGCAGGAUGCCCCUUGUUGCCAAUUAGACAAGUCGUUUGGACCUUUUGGGAAAGUCGGGGCUGAAACUGAAUAUUUGUAAGCAAGUACAGAUCCUACUGUACGUUUUAUUUGAGUAGACGGUCUUACAAUAUUUGUAUUCUCAUCUGGGGACACUUAAGAUGAAGUUGCAGCACUUUUCAGAUUUUUCACUACACUGCUUUUGGUUUUCAUUGUUGCGGACAUGUCGAUUCACCUCGGCCACAUGACUUUGGACCAGUGAUGCAAAGGACACAUUUCACAAGUGAAACACAGUUUAUGUUCACAAACAUGUAGGUGUGCUUAUGCUGUGGUUAUUGUAGACGAGCUCAUUUCACUUUUAUUUUCCAUUGCUUGGCAACACAAAGACUUGCAGUGCUCUCACUUCCAGGUGUUUAUUGAACUUGUAUUGCACUUUGCUAGUUUGAGUCCUUGGUGUAUAUUGUGAUGAGAAUAUGUUUGUACUCGGUGCAACGUCAUUUAAUCACUAAUGUGGUGAGACGGUCAUGAAGUAAAAUCUACAUACUUGAUUAAAUAUGCAGAAGCAAUAGAACACUGCAGACUAGAAUAAAGCAACACAGACGUUCUCCAACCAGUGGAAAGGAAACGGCGCUGCACGAGGAGGAGACUGUGUGCACACGGCCUGUUGCUCUGCGCUGGUCUUUGCCAUUUACGUCUGUCAUAGAGCCCUCUUUGCUUUUUCUCCGCACAAUUUGAGUUUGAUGCAUUGAAUUGUGAUGUUUGCAGAACAUUCAUGUGAUGCCUGCUUAAUUAUAUUGAAAUGUGUUGGAGUUGCCAUAUUUCACACCCAAGCUUUGGUUAAGGCAUCUGUUUGCUCACCGCAUGCUGCCUCAUGUUGGAAGAGAUUUGUGUCACCUGUAAUGGAAACUGAAGGAGAAAAAAAAGUGAAGUGUGUCCAGUACGUAGUGAAGUAUUUACUUUGACUUGCUAACUAAGUGCAUUUCUUUCAGCCUUCACUGGAUCCUAAAAUGCCGCCGGUGCUUACGCCUUUUUGUAGAACAGGAAAUCUAACCGAUGUUAUUUGCUACAAUAAAUCACAUUUCUGCUA